GGGGUGGCGCUUCUCCAUGUUUCCACUAUGCAAGGAAGUGACACAGAGGUACACCUCCCACCCCCCACCCCAGGACUGCCAUGCAGUUACUAUCCACCUCACUUCAUGAGGUCUGCGCACAACCUCAUUUGUCAUAUGAGGCAUAAUUAGGACUUGUGCUAAUGAGGAGUUAUGUUCAAAAGUAAAAAGCAGCACUCUUAGGUAGAAACAUCUGCCUGAAAAAGCAGUAAAAUAAUGGCACAUAGUUUGAAUUGAGGUUUAUCUCAUUUAUUUAUUUAUUAAAUUUAUAGCCUGCUUUUUUCUUACAACAAACUCAAAGCAGCUUACAUCAUUCUCCUCUCAAUUUAAUCCCAACAGCAACAACCCUGUAAGAUAGGUAGGGCUGAGAGUCUGUAACUGACCCAAAGGUGGCUCCUUGGCUGAGUGGGGGCUAGAACCCAGAUCACUUGAGUCCCAGUUCCAUGCUCUUUUUAAUAGUGUGUUUGUACACGCUAUUCUGUUUACAAUAGCUCAGCAAGGAAGAUUGAUGAUAUUUCCCUGUUAGUAGUGACUGACAGGGAAGUCCUGGUAGAUCAAACAACUUACCUAAUAUGGCCACCCAUUGAUUUCUGGCAAACAUGAGACUCAAACCAGGAUCCUUCUGAUUUAUAGCUGAGUAUUUUCAUCAUGGUGCUGCACUAGUUUACUUUGAAGUGAGCCAUUAGGACAUAGGGCUGGUGAUGGCCAUCAUGAUAUUUGAAAAUGUUACUAUCUGAAGAGCAAUUAGUUUCAAAUAGAUACAAGUAAAUCUAGCAAUUGCUGCUCUUUGCUUGACAUUUUUCUAUAUAUUGUAGAAUAAACCCAUCUGCAUGUGCACCAUGGGAAGUAAAAGUGCCUAGUAUUCACUGCCUAUAUUGGAGUACAAAAAGUUAUACUUAGCAAGAAAAUAUUAUGAUCCUUCUGUUUGGCCAACAUAAUUUUAGACUGAACUUAAGUCCUUGUUUACAAUUAGAAGUCACAAAGCAUUGUAAAUAAUUCUCUUUAAAAUGUUUGUGUGCAGUCAAUAAAUAGCAGCUUGGCAUAAAGGAAACAAAUAUUUAACUAAACCAGUCCAGCAAGCUCACCUGGUUAACUUUGUUAAUCUUGAAUACUUUGCACAACCAUGAUAAGAGUUCACAGCGUGUUUGAAGUAAAUGUUCUAUUCAGAGCUCUUUCAUAUUAGAAUAAGUAGCAUAAGUUCAGCGUGAAAGUACCUAAUUUAUUUUAUAAAUGGCAACUAGGCCUGCAAGGUUCGGUUCAGUAGUGGUGAAUGUAUGACCCUUCAGAUGUUGAUGGACUACAACUCCCAUCAGCUCUAGUCAGUACAGUUAGUGGUGAGGAAUGACAGGAGUUGCAGUCUGUCAGCAUCUGGAGGGCUACAUAUUCCCUACUCCUAGUUUAAUUGAUUGAAAGUUGGAAUCAAUUAAAGAUUGCUAAUCAGCUACAGAUCCUUAAUUAGAUUGCAUAACAGAAACAUGCAAAUUAGAUUAAUUGGUAUCUUUCGAGGAUGGGAAGAUCUUAAAUGUGAAGCGUAUAACUGAUGAGUUGGUACAAACCAUUCAGAAAGUAGUUAUGAGACUGCAUGACUGAAUGCUGAAAAUAAAGGAUACUUUGCUGCACAGUGAGCUAAAGGUCAGAGAUGACUUCUGGCCUUUUCCUGAUAGACUGGCAUCAUAUGUGCUGAUAAACUUUUAUAAGAAGAGGAGGAGGUUUCAAUAGUGCCAUAUUAAAUACAGUCCAGGGAACAUUUCACAAUUUCAUUUAUUAUUUUUGUGAAUUAAGGCAAAUGAGAUUUUAGGAUGUGAGAGGAUAUUUUAAAAGUGACUUUUUCUGAUGACUUUUUCUCUUUCUCCUUUAUUUCCUUCUCUGUUUUGAUAUCUAAAUGUCUAAGACAUGCAAUUUUCUGAAAAUAUUAUAACAAAACAUAUUUUAGGGGAAAUUGCAUGUUUCAUUAGUUUCCUGUUCUUCUCUAAAAUACUCUCUGAUAAUGACUUUCUCCUUUUCUCUCAUUCUAGUUCUGUCUAUCUGCUGUAUCCAGCUCCAUUCAAGACUUUCCUACAGUUCUUGCUUUGGCUCAUAUUGUGCCUGUGAGGAAGCAAAAAGAUGGUACAAGCUUCACUCCAAACCAGGGAAGAAAGAAAAAGAAAGGGGUGAGAUUGAGGUAGAUAUCCAGUUCAUGAGGAGCAACAUGACUGCCAGCAUGUUUGAUCUUUCCAUGAAGGAUAAGUCUCGGACUCCAUUGGGCAAGCUGAAAGACAAGCUGAAAGGGAAGCGAGGCAAUGGCUUGCCAGACACAGCUUCAGCUAUUAUUCCUAGCAUUAGUCACUCCCCAGCUGAUGAUAGUGAGGAAGAUGAGAAAGAAAAGAAAAAAUCCAAGUUCAAGACACUCUUUUCCAAACCUGGUUUGCAGAAAAGCAACAUCUCCCAGUCCAUGUCUGUGCUGCCUACUCUCCAACCAGUUUCAGAGAGAGUUAGGCUUAAACCCAGUGGCUUUACAUCACGAUGGAGUGACGACGAUGAUGACACCUUAACUCCAGUGUCAGAGAAGCCCUCUACAAACAAGGAUGAAGAUAAUGUCGUUAAUCCCCAUUCUGACAUGUCUCAUAAGAGAAUGGGCAGUGGAGAUUCCAAGCAAUUGAACCAAAUCAUUACGAAUAAUUCCAAGAAGGAUGUACAUUCUUUAUUUGGGGGCUUGAAGUCCAAAAAUGACACAGUUCCCAGGUCCAACGUGUGUAUUAACGGCAGCCAUGUUUACAUGGAAGAAUGUGAAUCAAAGAGUGAUACCAUUCCAAGAGACAGCACUCCAUCUUCCCCUCAGACUUCCCAGCAAAAACAUCACUUUUUGUCCCAGGAGAAUUUGUGUUCUGAAUCCAAUAAGGAACUUGAAAUCAGUGGAAGAUUACCACCUGACAAAGGUCCACCUGUGUCUUCCUCACUAGAGUCCUUUAAAGCCAUGACUUUGCCCUCAUAUAAACUACUUAAUAGUGGAGAUUUCCUAGAAAGUAACACUCCUGUGAUUUCAGACACUCCAAAAGAAGCCAAAGAGAACAAAAAACAGGAGAACAAAAAGUCUGGUUUGCUGUCUCUUGUGACAGGGAAAAAAGAAGCAAAAGGCAACGAGGAGGCAGAGAAUAGCAUUGACACCUCUCCAAAAGUGAAAGAAGUAAAGCGUAAUGAGAAAGAACUGCCAAGGAAGGAGAUAAAUCCUUUUGAAAUCCCUAGCUCAGACAAGAGCAGUGCUACAGGGGUGCCUAUUGCAAAGGCAUCCCUGAACCCUUUUAAUGAAAAAUCUGAGGAAGAAGAAAAACCAGAAAAGAGUGCUGUUUCUGUAAAACCUCCGGAGACCAAGCGCAUCAAACCCAGACCAGACGUGUCUUCAGAGGAUGAAACCAAAGCCACUUUUACUGUACCUGUACCUCCUCCUACUUCUCCUUUCUAUCAUUUCCAUAAUUCUAAUAAGGAGAACAACCCCUUUACCUCUAAACUAGAUGCAGAACCGAAAGCUCAGGACUCUGAUAAGCUUGUUAGUAGUUCGUUAAAUAUUUCUGCACGUCGUGGCAAUAACCCAUUCACUACAAAAUGGGGGCAGGAAUCCAAAGAAAAGGCCUCUGAAAACUUGAUGGUGGAUUCUUUCCGCCUUUCUUCUUCCAGCAGUGAAAAUAACCCGUUUUCUCCUAAAUGGGGACAAGAAUCCCAGAUAGAAGAUUCUGAGAACUCUGCAGAAGAUCCCUUGUAUUCCCUACACCCUCCUCCAGCUUCAGCUCUGGAGACAUUUCCUUCUUGGCCAUCUAAUGUUGAUAAUCCUUUUGCCUCUGAAAACUUUAACAGGGCUCCUGAAUCUUUGAGUUCUACCUCUUUAGCAGAUAACUGUUAUGAUUCCAAGCACCUUCCUGUUGUGCAUUUAGGGAAACCUCAAGCUGAAGGUUUAAACAAACACAUAGAUCCUGUUUCCAGUUUUACCAGAUCUGUCUCUGAGAGUCCCCUUGCACAUUUUUAUGACCAAGCUGGAACGAUACUGAAGACUCAGAGUGAUGACAGAGUGCACACUGUACCUCCAUUUAAAGAAAAAAAUGGAAGAACAAAGAAGUCAGUGACUUUUGCUCUAGAAGAGUUGAAAGAUAGUGAUGAUGCCGUAUGUAGUGGUGAUGAGACUUCAAAUGAAGAUAAAACUGAGAAAUGGCAUGAUGAAAAUGAGGAUGUAGUAAAUCCCAAUGAAAGGAAGAGACUAAAACUGGAACUGGAGGUAGAGAGUUGCUCCUCCUCUAAGCCCCAUGAUGGGACAAUAAAUUCUUUUCCUAAGAAUGAGAGCUCUUUAGAAAGAGAGGCAGAAGAUACUCCCUCGAUUAACGUAAAGCCACCAGUGCCAGCCCCAAGAAUUCUCUUGCCUUUACAUAAGGAAGCCAAUAUACCAAGUACUGAAUUGAGUAACAAUUCUCUUUCUGUACCACCUAAGCCAGCACCAAGAAGUGCUUUGAAACAAAACCAGAGUAUACAUCUUUCCCUGUCUGAUGAAUCAGAAGCAGAAGACAUGUUGAGCUCAUCACCUGUGUUUAAAGAAUUCCCUCUCAACAGUUCAAUUAACAGUGAACAACUAACCAGUACUUACUCAUUAGCAGGUUCUGAACCGGCUAUUCUUACACACGGAAGAAAUGUUGGCACUACAGAUCCUUCUCAAAGCAUUAAUAAUCACUCUAGCCAUGCAAUAGGUGCACACCUUGGCAUUUUAGCUAGUGGACAGCUGCAUGUGAAACCUGUCACCCUUCCUGUUAUUCCAGAGGUAGGUUCAGAUGAUGAGCUGCUCAGCAACUCUCACCAGGAUGCUGAAGAGAUGGCAGCUUGUGGUGAUUUAUCACAUAGUAUGGAUGAUUUUACAGAGAUGCCGCGCACUGAGAAGAGAGAGCUGACAUCAGAUGAGAAGGCUACUGGUGAGAGGCAGACUAUAUCACUAGUGAAUAUAAGUGAUCCUGAUGAUGCAGUUAAACCCCACGACCUACUGGUCGAAUCUUCAGCAGUAGACCUUCAAAAUGCAGAUCACACAUUGAAACAGAAGAAUGGUGAGAGCUUUAAGGAAGAUAAACGUGGUGGUUGUCCUGAGUUCCCUGAUAAGCCUGUACCUCUUUCCCCUCUGUCCAGUUCUUUUCAGUCUCACUCUCCUAAUUCACUCCAAUCUGAUGCCCUUGGCUGUAAUAGAGCAGAAACUCCGAAAAAAGCUACAACAGAGGCUUUGGAUGCCAAAGGGGAAAUUUCUGGCAAGAAGAAGCUGCUUCAGGCAAGGGUUUCACCCUCUGAAACACAUUCCACUCAGACUCUGCAGAGUGGUGGAACGUAUCCUGCUAAGCUCAGACUUCAACCUGUGAAGCCAAUGAAUGCUACAACAAGCAAACCUGCAAAACCUUUGAGCAUAACUACUAAGAUGUUGGAUAACCAAAAUGAAAUCAAUUUAAAGAAAUACGACCCUUCAGAUCCUGCUUAUGCUUAUGCUCAGUUAACACAUGACGAGCUGAUCCAACUGGUCUUGAAACAGAAAGAUGAAAUGGCAAAGCGAGAUCUGCAGGUGCGAGAGCUGGAAGACUACAUAGAUAACUUGCUUGUUAGAGUUAUGGAAGAAACCCCUAACAUUCUUCGGGUUCAAGAACAUCUGAACAAGAAAGCUGGGAAGAUGUGAGAUGACAGUUCACCUCGGACAAAACCUUUUUGCAUAUAUUUUCAAAGUGGAGCAUGUGUAAAUGUUUAAACAUCUCUUGCUUGUAGCAAAACAAAAUAUGAUUCUCUUGUCUAGGAAUAGAGAUGAUUUAGGCUAUCAUGGGAGGCUGUUAAUAAUUACAUAAUCCAAAAUGACAAUCACAUUAAAAAACAAGCCUUUUAGUAUACUGUACAUGAUUUGUUGUUUUGUUGAAGUUAAGGACCUGAAAUUAUGGGCCUAGGAGAAGUUAUGAAUCAGUUUUCAUCUGUGAAUAACUCUGUAACUGGAGCAUUUUAAAAGGUUUAUUUUAAAGUGACAAUUGUCUUUCAAAAACAUAAAUUUCUCACAUGUAUUUUUAAGAGUAUUAAUUUAGUGCAAUAUAAACAAUCAUAUGCUAAUUAGAGUAGAAAUACUAGAAGAAGUGCCUUACUUAGACUGAAUUGUUGGGGGAAAUCAAUAUUCUAUCUGAAACCUGGAUGCUUUUUAAUUUACUUAUAAGCAAUAUAAUCCAUUAGGAAAUUCUGCUGAACUAGCUCUAUUGAAGAACUGGCAGAGUGAGCUGUGUGGUUGAAUUCUCAUUUGUUUGGUGAAGUUUAUGCUGUAUAUAUUCACAUCUGAUUGUGCUAAGUUGCUUGCGUUUCACUUUACAAAGUUACUAUCAAGUUAAGAUGAAAUAGUCUUGCAUGUGAGCAUUUAGGGCUCUUACACACAAAACCGACUUCUUUCUUGGAGUGAUUGUCAGUUAAAGGAAUCUAAUGAUUUUUGAAGGAGUCUUGAUUUUUUUCUAAUUGCCCAUGAUAUAGUUGUAGCCUUUUUGUUCAUUAUUUGUUCUUUGUUGGAUUUGAUUUACCCUUUGUUUUAUUUCAUUUUAUUGAGAAUUAGAAUGCUUUGACCUCUCAGAUCCAAUUCUUUUAGUUCCUUACAAAGUUUAGCAACUACUUUUAAGUUUCAGAUUUUCCUGUUUGAUCUUUGCAUAGCACACCUACAUUAUUCAAAAGUUUACUUGGACAUUAUUGUUUUCUUUCUUCUCAUUCAGGAAAUUAGUCCAGGUAGCUUCCCGUUUGUGAACACUCAUAUGAAAUUUAUUCUCAUAAACAGCUUUGAUUUUGAGAAGUUUUGCAUCAUGCUGAUUCAAAUAAUUUUCUGAAAAUUUGUCAUUUUAGAAGGGCUAAAAUUCAGCAAUCUGUUCAUCAGGAUAAAGGCAUUUUUGCCAUUAUCUUUAAGUACUUACCCAAUUUCUAAAGUAUCUUCUUCCAUUUUCAUGCAUCAGCCAUUCCAGUUUCUAAAACCCUUCUUCCUUGCAUUGUUGUGCAGAGUUGACCUCAGAUUGGAUAAGAAAGAUUGGAUAAGCUGUACAGUCACAUUGAGGCUAUUAAUGCUAAAUUUGCAGAUAUCCAACUGAAAACUGAGCAGAAUGAACAAAACAUAAGAGAGGUGGAAAACAAGACUGACAAUAUUGAUAAGAAGACUGAAGAAAUGAGUAAGAAAAUACAACAGUUAAGCCAAACAAAUAAGACAUUAUGGGACUCAGUGGCUAUAUUGGAGAUGGACAAGGCAUCUAACUACUUGAGACUACAGAAUGUGCCAGAGACAAAAAAUGAAGACUUAAAUGACCUAAUAAAGACAAUGCUAGCUGAUGCUCUUGGAGUUCAAAAGGAAGAGAUUGACAAAGAAAUUGAUUUGGUGUAUAGAGUUAAUUUGAGCUAUGUGAGAAGACAUAAACUCCAGAUAGAAGUUCAUAUAAAAUUUACAAAAAGGUCUAUGAGAGAUGAAAUUCUCAGAACUCUACAUGAUUGGCCAUUACAUGUUGGCCAAAAUCAGAUAGUUGCUUUCAAACAAAUACCUUGGAGAAUCAGAGAAGGACGGAAGAAAAACAGACUGCUAGAAUAAUAGUUAAUGGAGAAUUUACAGAGACUAUAAAUAUUCAAAAAGGUACAAGACAAGGAUGCCCCUUAUCACCAUUGUUAUUCAUACUGCUCUAAGAGGUUCUCAGCAGAAAUGUCAGAAAAAAGAUAUAGAUAUUAAAGGAACUAGAAUUAAAGAUGAAAACUACAAACUCCAAGCAUUUGUAGAUGAUUUAGUUUUCAUCUUAGAAGAUCCUGUGGUGACGGUGCCUAAAUUACUAAAAAAAAUAGAAGACUAUGGAGAAGUUACGGGGAGGAAAAUAAAUAUUUUGUUGAUGAUCAGCAAACAAUGAUCAGCAAACAAUCAGCGAACAAAAAAAUACAAUUUUUUUUAAUAAGGCUGAAUAGCUAAAUCUCUUUCAACCUGUAAGAAUUCAGAUUUGAGUUCAUAGCUGAGCUUACUCAUCUGCAUUUGAAUUUUGUUUUCACAUCCCCCCCUGCUCCACCUUUCAGAUUGCUUUAUUCAAGAGAGUUUUCAUUGUGGAACUUCAAUCUCCAUGUACUCAGCUGCAGUUUUUUGAGGCACAUGUCAUUCCUUAAACCUAGAUGCUUAGCCAAAGCCAAAUAGUUUGUUAGUGCCUCUGCUUUCCUAGGAUUGAAGGUUCUUAACAGUCAGUCACCUUGCUUCUGAGUUACAAAAAGGAAUGCUAGAAAAUGUGAAUAAUGAUUUUUAGCACAUCCAUCCCUAUGAUUCCUGUUAAAGGCUGCAUUAGGAACAUCAGUACUUCUGAUAUACAUAUAUAGGAUAUGUGAAACAAAUUGAAUUUCUUAUCAGUAAAAGAGUAUUUGUGUGUUGUGUUGCACAAGCAUGGGAUAAAUCCAGUUAAAGUAUAGCACUUUUAAAUUUCAUUGAGCUUUUUUUAUAUAUCCUUGGAUAGGCUGCUCUGCUUAUACACAUGUUAUUAGUUUAUAAAGGAUCGGUUUUAGUGGGUUCCAUUAUUAAACAAUUCUUCCUUUAUUCAUUGUUAUGAGUAAGAUAGGAAAGUGAGGUUUUAAUAUGGGUGUUGACUGAAGAAAGAAACUGUAAGGCCAAGGCUUUAACAAACUUACGCUGUUUAUGCACUCCUGCCUUCCAGCCAGUAAGAACUACUGUAAUUUUAAAAGUUGUUUGGAUCAUUUAAGGUGAAAGUGAUGAAAGGCAGAUACCUCACAGUGAUUCAGGUAUUGUCUAAAGGUUCUGAUGGAUGACUUUUAACCCAUAGUUCUUACUGUAGCUACUUUUCUUUAUCUCCCAUAUGCACUUUACAAGGGGCAUGAAGUUGGCACUGAACAGCUCUUCAGCCCUACUAUUGCAUUUAGUCAGGACACUGGAUUAUUAUAAGUUUGUCUGCUAAAAUCAAAGAUCUUAACAAUGAACUGUGCACUGUUAAGUUUUCUUGGUACUGUUUAAUAUGAUACAUGGUCACCAAAGAAGCAGACUAACGGCUACUGUACUGAUUUUGUGAAAAGAAAUGCAGUUCAUGCAAGUUUGCAAUACCUCUGCAAUUAUAGCCUUUAAAUAUUUUGUAUGGAUUUGGUGCAAGAUAAGUCAGGCAUUUGAAUAUGUUUGAACAUAUGGCGUGGAGUAAGGGAUUAUGUUGUCCUCCUGUUACCAUAAAUGGUGGCUGACGCUCACUGAAUAGACCCAUCCAUCUGUUCUGCCUAGUGCAAAUUCUAUCCAUGAUACCCAUUGAUUGAGGCAGCUCAUUUGCCUUGAUUAUAGAGUACAGCUAGAGCAGUGAUUUCAAAUGUUUGCAAAGAGUGGCCAAAAUGGUCAGGGUCUGUGGACUUUUUGAAUACCUCUGGCUUCAUGAGUGGUACUAGCAGAGGUACAUUUUCUGUGUAAAACCAGCAUGUCAGAGCUUGAGACUUAUCUUUAAAAACUGCAGUAACCUUUAAAUAAUCAAAUUAAAGCUUUAAAUGGCUCUGCAUGCUUGGAUAGGAAAAAAGGCUUACAACUCUCAGCAUUCUUGAGCCAACGAGGUAUAGGACUUUUUCUCCUGUCUAAACAUGCAUGAGACUGUGCUGCUUACUAUUUCUGCCUUUUGAGCCAGCUGGAGCCAUAGCGCAAAGUUGCAUGCCUGCUCCUUUUGGAAAUGGUUGCGAUAGAAAAUGGUAUACAUAGUGGCCAUGGCUGUGGAUAACUGCUUUAAUAUCACUCUCACUAGGAGUGGUUUGCCACCCUCGGGUAGGAGUUUUGUUCUAAAAUACAACCACCCUGUGUUGAAAUGGUAUUAGCUAUUUUAGUAGGGAUUGUCCUGGACAGAUUAGCAGUGGAUUGAAGAUACCUUCUCAUUUAUAACCUGAUUUAAAUUUUUGGAUGAUUGUGGCCUUCAGCUUGGCAGGUUGUGCAUCCACAGAGUAACCAUCAGUUCAAAAUCAGGUAGCUGUUCCCCCAUACAAAGAUUUGUUCAGUUCUAUACUACGAUAUGAGAUUUGAGCAAAAGACAGUGAGGAUAAUUUCCUACAAUCUGCCUCCUGGUUUGUAAUUGUGAUUUACAAUCUGGGCACAGAAAUGCUGAGUGUCUUGUUGAAGGGGUAGUUUGCAUUCCCUUGUACAUGCAGUUGCUCAGUGUGUACUAUUGAAGGAUUUGAAUGUAUAUUUUUUAUUUUCUGCCUGGUUAUUCUUGGUACUUAUCCUACUGGUUUUUAUACAAAGACCUUCAGCCUCAUGGAAUGUUAAAAUAAAGUUAUUUAAGCUCAUAUGAA